AUCUCAUUCCUCCUGAAACCGACAGACAUCGGGCCCCCUCCUCUCUCUGCGUCCAUGCCCUAAGCGACAACACGAGAAACAAAUUACUCGAAUACAACAGUCACGAUGAGAUGAAAGGCAGAAUAGUUAUCGAAACUUCGUCAAAAUCUGUUGCCUUGUAGUCCUACCCAUUUGUCAACUAUAAGAUGCCAGUGAUUGCGAAUACUGAAGCCAAGGCAGGCUCUCGUACCCAGCGAAUUCCCACAAUCACGGCUGCCGUGGAUGUGGAGGAACAAAAUGGACACUGCAAAUACGUGGACGAUGUCGAUGCUGGACACCCUGCGGAAGACAUCUUGCUCAUCAAAAGAGACAUUAAAAACCCAACAACAGACAACGAAACACUUGUACACGUGCUGAAGGGGAACGUGGGCACCGGUGUGCUGGCUAUGCCACAAGCCUUCAUGAACGCUGGACUCUGGGUAGGCUUCGUCGGUGUGGCAGUGAUGGGUAUUGUCUGCAUCGAAUGUAUGUUCAUGUUGCUCAGGUGUUCCAGAACAUUGUGCAGGAGAGCAAGCGUCACUGCCUUGAGCUACGAGGAUUCGGCCAAGGCGGCAUUCGAAUACGGUCCUGAGGGAUGUCGGAAGUACGCCAACGCCGUAGGAUACAUCAUCACGGCCUUCCUCAUCAUCACGCAGUUGGGAUUCUGCUGCGUCUACUUCGUGUUUAUCUCUCAGAACCUGAAGCAGGCUCUCGACCACAUCAUUCCAUCGGGAACGGGAAUCAGCCAGCUGGAAUUCAUGGCGAUCCUAAUCGUCCCUAUGCUGUUGGUCUGUUAUGUCCCACAUCUCAAAUACCUGGCACCGAUAUCAUUGAUAGCUGCCGUGAUACAGACUACAGGACUAGCCAUAACCUUUUACUACAUGGUAAAGGAUCUGCCGGAAGUAGAAGAGGCCGUUCCAGCCUUCAACAGCUGGGCCACUCUCCCACUCUAUUUCGGAUCCGCCAUUUACGCUUUCGAAGGCAUAGGUCUCGUACUUCCUCUGGAGAACAAGAUGAAGACGCCCCAGAACUUCGGAGGGUUCAACGGCGUAUUGAACACGGCCAUGAUGAUCGUCGUCUUCUUAUAUGCAGCCGUAGGAUUCUACGGAUAUCUGGAAUUUGGAAACGAAGUCCAGGGUUCUAUUACUCUAAAUCUACCCAAUGAUCAAGUGUUGGCCCAGUCUGUGAAAAUCGCCAUGGCAGUAGCAGUGUACCUCUCAUACCCUCUGCAGAUGUAUGUUGUUUAUGAAAUCAUGGCUCCGGUUGUGCGCCGACGUUUCGAAGGAGAAACGAAAAAGACCAUCGCAGAAUACGUGUGCAGGAGUCUGCUGGUUCUGUUGACUUUUUCCUUGGCUGCUGCCAUCCCUAACAUCGGUCUAUUCAUCUCCCUGGUGGGGGCGGUGAGCAGCUCAGCCCUGGCGCUGAUCUUCCCUCCAAUCAUUGACGUCGUGACCUACUGGCCGGAUACAGGCAAAUACAACUGGAGGAUUAUCAAGGGGGCACUCAUCUGUCUGUUCGGCCUAACGGGUUUCGCGACGGGGACUGUCACGAGUGUUCAGUCUAUCGUCGAUUUUUUCAAAAACGUAUGCCAUUGUGAUAUGGAUAUCGGUGGCACGGGAAAAAUUGCAAUUGAACGACAUGCUGCCUCAGAUGAACAUAAAACUAACACUCGUAGUGCUGGCACAUCAUCAGUGUUAUCAUAUUUCUGGUCAUCUCGAUCAUCUCAAGAUGAUAAAAUAAUGGCUGCAGAAUUGUGUAAAGUGUAUCAUGCUGUGAAGCAUCAUCAAUCAUACAGAAGUGUUGAUUGUGGAGUAAAAGAUGACAAAGAAAUUUAUAGUGACUCAUUGAUAGUGAAGGGAGUAACAUGUGGGAAAACUAAAACAAAAGCUUUGUGUGAAAAUAUUCUAGCACCGUAUUCUGUAGAAACACAUUUGGAGCACACUCUUAAAUUGUUCUCAGACACAAUUGAAAGACUAGAAGCCAAGACAUUCAGCAUAACUUCAGUAUUCAAGUUAAUGUCUGAACUGAAAAGCAAACUUGAUAGAAGAGCAAAUGAUCGUUUUUUUCACUUUGCAGUAAACAACAAGCUUAGGCAACUUACACCCGAUUUGUCGACGAAAUAUAAAACAGACUUCAUUGCUUUCUAUGAAAGAGCUAUAAAGUACUUAAGUGAAAGUUGGGUGUCCUUUAUACCGCCAGUAGAUAUGGCGGAGGCUCUUCCUCUUCCUGGUCCGAGCCACUUGGAUGAGGAGAGAAGACCUUUAAUAUCACCUGCGUUUUGCUGCGACGACGGGACUUGCCGUGUGUGUCAGGCCAGAAGGGGGAUUACAGAGAUAAGCGAUGAUACCAGCAGCACAGAACAGUUGCCGGAAGGCCCAGAAAACUGGGAGGUAAUCGUCAGGGAAACUGUACACCCAACCACGGACAACGAGACGCUGAUCCACUUCCUGAAAUGCAACGUUGGCACUGGUAUCCUAGCCAUGCCCGAGGCCUUCAUGAAUUCUGGCCUGUGGGUAGGCUUUGCGGGGAUUCCCAUAAUGGGUGCAAUAUGCGUGCAUUGUAUGUUCAGACUGGUACAUUGUUCAAGGGAGCUCUGCAGGAGGAAGGGAGUACCUACGUUAAGUUUCGAGGAGACUGGCAGAGCCGCCUGUGAGUUCGGGCCAGAGGGAGCCAAGAAAUUUGCCAAUGUUAUGUAUUAUCUCAUCAGAUCAUUCCUAUGCCUAACUCAGCUAGGUUUCUGUUGUGUUUAUUUCGUCUUCAUCGCCCAGAAUUUGAAGCAGGCAGUUGAUAGCAUGAUAACCACGGGCGUCAGCGAGUUGGGAUUCAUGGGAGCGUCGAUCAUACCAGUCCUCCUAGUUUGCUUUGUCCCAAAUCUCAAGUACUUGGCGCCCUUUUCCCUGAUAGCGGGCAUAGUUCAGGCUGCUGGGUUGGUGAUCAUCCUCUAUUAUUCCGUGAGAUAUUUGCCAGAAGUCACAGAGCAAGUUCCUUGGUUCAACAGCUGGGAAACAUUGCCGCUCUAUUUUGGAUCGGCGAUCUAUGCUUUCGAAGGCAUAGGUCUAGUCUUGCCACUGGAGAACAAGAUGAAGAACCCGAGUCAUCUGCUGGGAUACUGCGGAGUUCUGUCUACGGCUACGCUGAUCGUCAUUUGUCUCUACGCUUCCAUUGGGUUUUAUGGAUACCUGUAUUACGGCAACAGUGUCCUAGGAUCGAUUUCUUUGAAUCUUCCUCAAGAUGAAGGGCUGGCUCAAGCGGUCAAGAUAACUAUGGCCAUCGCCGUCUAUCUGACAUACCCACUGCAGAUCUACGUGGUCUUUGAAAUGUUUCAGCCAAUUAUUGACGAUAGAUUUUCUUCUUACGCCUCCAAAAUUAUCGUGGACUAUUGCGCUAGGAGUGUCAUCAUUUUGAUUACAUUCGGCCUAGCAGCAGCCAUUCCGAACAUAGGCCUAUUCAUUUCGUUGGUUGGUGCGUUGAGCAGUUCCACGCUCUCUCUCAUCUUCCCUCCCAUUAUCGAGAUACUCACCUUCUGGGAAGAUAAGGGACGCUAUUAUUGGAGGAUAAUCAAGUGCGUCCUAAUCUGCCUCUUUGGACUGCUCGGAUUCUUGGCGGGAACAGCUACUAGUAUCAAAGGAAUCAUCAUUUUCUUCUCCGGCGGAGAUGAAGAAGUUCGCCAAUUCAUGAGCGGGAAUUGGCACAAAACGUGGUGACGAAAGUUUGAGUCGAACAAGUCUUGCCGAACCAUUUGCUUUUUAGCUUUUUAGUCUUCGAAAGAGUGUGGUGUUGUGGGUUUUAUUAGAUUUUGUAUUCGGUAGAACGCUUCCUAGACCAAUUGAGAGAAGGUCUUUUUAAAAAUUUUUUUAGAAUCUUAGUCCAAACUCUCAGCUCUUAGUCAUGUCUUUAGAAUAUGUAAUUGCGAAUUAUAUUUUAGUGGUUUUAGUAAUUUUUUAUGUUUUAUGGUUUUAUGAUAUUUUGCAAGAUCUGCAUUAAAAUGUCGAUCGUUUUUCCUCUGGUGUGUAAAUAUGGUUCGAUGAGAGUAAGAAUCCAGUAAAUUAUUGGCCGUAUAAUGGAUUAAUUAAAAUAAAAUGUUUUGGUGUC